CGUAGGUUUGGAUGUCCUUUACGGUGCACAGUUGUCCGACGACCGACGCCGCGUGUCGCGCAAACAUCAGAAACCGAUAAUUUAGUAUUUUAUACCUAUGAAGGUAUAAAUUUCUUUAUAGUCAAGUUCCGUCCGGCCGCACGUCAACCGCGACUCAUGUCUUGCACCAUUAAGACAAGUAUUUGCCUAUGGUGUAUGAUUUCUGAUCUCAUGGGUUUCUACCUCCGUAUCGAAAACGAGCCAAGUUUACGAUAAUAUUAAUUUCCUAUAGUAGCUGAUAUUUAAUUUAUUGGAUUAUAAUCUUCGAGCUUAUAACUUGUUAUUGUUUUGUGACAACUUCUGCAGCAGUGAUCGCGGACGGCAAAAUCCAAAGACGACCGCUACCGCAUAAAUACUGUUCAAACUCCAACGCAAAAAAGACAUAGGUGGGUAGAGUCUAUCAUGCGCUGAACAUUCGUUUUCGUCAUCGCACACGGCGCCAUGUCAGAAGUUCGCGCGCGCUGUAACAAUAAUAUAGAUUCCUAAGCACGAGGCAGCAUUAUACAUAAGGUUCAUCAUGUUUCCAGCCGUCGUUAUAAUCGUUGCAUGUUGUACGACAGUGAUACUAUUCCUGUACAAGUAUACGACAUAUACUUACAAGUAUUGGAAGUCGAAGUCGGUGACGUUUGCCACACCAGUACCAUUAUUCGGUAAUAUCAAAGACCACGUGACGCUAAAAAUGACCCAGGGCGAGUGCUUGAAAAAUAUUUACAAUGAUUUUCCUCGUGAAAAGUUUGUGGGCAUGUACCAGUUACAGACGCCAACUCUGCUACUCCGUGAUCCAGAAACCAUUCGGUUGUUUCUGGUGAAGAGCUUCGCACACUUCACGGACAGAGGAUUCUCGUACGACGGUCACAGGGAACCGUUGACCAAACAUCUAGUCAAUUUAGAGGGCGACACGUGGAAGAUUCUCCGACAAAAGCUCACGCCCACGUUCAGCUCUGGUAAAAUCAAAAGUAUGUUAGGACUGUUACAAGGCUGCGGGGUGCAACUCAUUGAGUACAUGGAUGCAACCAUCGAGUCUGGAAAGACGGAAUUCGAAAUUCGUGACCUAACAGCCAAAUUCACUACAGACGUGAUUGGCACAUGCGCGUUUGGACUGGAAUGCAAUUCGCUGAAAGACUCGCAAUCCGAAUUCAGACGGAUGGGAUGUGCAGUGCUCAAUUCGUCCGCAUCUUUAGCGUUGGCCAAAAUGGUCCGAGUGUUCUUCCCGAAACUUUUCAAGGCGUUGAAACUCCGUACGUUCCCGGCCGAAGUGCAACAGUUCUUCAUGGGCAUCGUAAAACAGACAAUCGACUUCCGGAACACCAACCGAGUGCGUCGAAACGACUUCAUACAGCUGUUGCUUGAGAUUAAAAACCAAAAUCACAACCAAGAAAACGCGAUUAAAUCGAUUGAACUGACCGAAGAGUUGAUCGCCGCUCAAGUGUUCGUGUUCUUCCUGGCUGGCUUCGAGACGUCGUCCACGACUCUGAGUUUUUGCUUGCACGAGAUGGCCGUCAACCAGGACAUUCAAAACAGGGUGUACGACGAAAUCAACGAGACAGCCAAUAUGUAUGGACUUCCGUUCUCUUAUGAAGCAAUCUCGUCGAUGAACUAUUUAGAACAAUGUCUGAAAGAAACGAUGAGGAAAUAUCCACCGGUACAGGCCUUAGCCCGAGUGUGCACCAAACAGUUCAGGGUGCCCGGCACAGACUUGGACCUGGACGUGGGCACGGCCGUUUUGAUACCAGUCUACGCGAUACACCACGACCCGCAGUACUAUCCGGAACCAGACACGUUUAACCCGGACCGGUUCGCCAAAGACGGCGAUGGCGGCGGUGGCGACAACGGGAGACCUUCCGGAGUUUUUCUGCCGUUCGGCGAUGGCCCGCGCAUAUGCAUAGGUAUGCGUUUCGCCAUGUUAGAAAUGAAACUGGCAUUGGCCCAGUUCCUUCACAGAUACUUAGUGACGCUGAGCGACAAAUCCUGUACACGCAUCGAAUUCGAACCAGCGUCAUUCCUGUCGUGUCCGAAAGGCGGUAUAUGGUUGAACGUCAAUAAACGUAAAGCAUGAGGCCACAUCACACGGACCAUGGUUUAUGUAUUAGAUAAUGUAAUUUAUUAUAGAACGUGUAAUUUUAUAUAUCAAAUUUAUAUAAAAUUUAUAUUCAAUAUUUAUUUUGUACAUUUCUAUAUGUAUAUAAGAAAUAGUUUCUUCAAUAAUAAUAUUGUGUUUUAUUUAAUAAAAAUAUAAUAUAUUAUCAAGUUACAGCUAAA